AUGAGCCGACUCUAUGCACUUCUACUGAUCGUCUGUAUUGCCAACGUGGCAUCAACAGCUCCAGAAUCGAUCCCAGAUCUGGAUGCACUCGCCGAGUUCUGUGCAAAGGAAUCCAACAAGAGAUACUGUGCUCAACUCGCUCAACUCUCUCUCGACAGCGCAAUGGAAGCUAACCAGGAGCAGGUCAUACAAAUGGAAAAGCGGAAGCCGUCGUUCGUCCGUUUCGGGAAACGUUCUGGAUACCCGCUGAUAAUUGAUAACGAGGAAUUGCGUAUGGACAAGAGAAAGCCAUCGUUUGUGCGAUUCGGAAGAAAAUAG